UUAUAUUUGGAAACCCCAACCCAUUCCCUUCAAAUCAUAAACUACGAUCCAACUCACUGCAACCUUCAAAACAUAACCCAUUAAGUCAGUCACUGCACAAAUUGUUCCAAAAACAGCUUCAAACAUAUCUUAGUUUGUCUAAAUAUUUAACAGCUAAAGCUAAAGGACCAUGGCAGUGACAGUCUCUCUUUCUGUCUCCCACCUUCCCGGCUGCAAAGUUCAUGAUUUCUCUCGUCUCCCCAAACCAACUAACAAAGACAACCCAUCUUCUAAAGCCUCCUCUGACAUCAAAUUAAGCAAAAGAAACCUGUUGUUGAGUUCAAUGGCUUCGGGUCUUAUUGGAAGAGGUGUCUUAGUUGGUGAGCCGGUAAAAGCUGAACCAGAGACCCCAAUGGAAACCUCAUCAAGUAGACUAUCGUAUUCAAGGUUUCUGCAGUACUUGGAUGAAGGUGGGGUGAAAAAGGUGGACUUGUUUGAGAAUGGGACUGUGGCCAUUGCUGAGAUAUAUAAUCCUGCAUUGGAGAAAAUUCAGAGGGUAAAAGUUCAGUUGCCGGGAUUGCCCCAAGAACUGUUGAGGAAAAUGAAGGAGAAAAACGUGGACUUCGCCGCUCAUCCUAUGGAGAUGAACUGGUCGGCUGCUUUAUUCGAUUUGUUGGGGAAUUUGGCUUUUCCCUUGGUAUUGCUUGGCACUUUGUUGCUAAGGAGCUCAUCUGUUAAUAAUCCUGGAGAAGGUCCCAACUUGCCUUUCGGACUUGGAAGGAGCAAAGCCAAAUUUCAGAUGGAACCCAAUACAGGAGUCACAUUUAACGAUGUAGCUGGUAUUGAUGAAGCCAAGCAAGAUUUUCAAGAGGUAGUGGAGUUCUUAAAAACCCCAGAAAAAUUUGCAGCAAUUGGUGCCACAAUUCCCAAAGGAGUGCUUCUAAUUGGACCUCCAGGGACUGGUAAGACAUUGCUGGCCAAGGCCAUUGCAGGGGAAGCAGGGGUUCCUUUCUUUUCCCUUUCUGGUUCAGAGUUCAUCGAGAUGUUUGUUGGCGUUGGAGCUUCCAGAGUUAGGGACCUGUUUAACAAGGCAAAGGCUAAUUCCCCAUGUUUGGUGUUCAUCGAUGAGAUUGAUGCUGUUGGAAGACAGAGAGGAACUGGGAUUGGUGGAGGGAAUGAUGAAAGGGAGCAAACUUUGAAUCAGCUGUUGACUGAAAUGGAUGGUUUUACUGGUAAUACUGGAGUCAUUGUCAUUGCUGCCACUAAUAGGCCUGAAAUUCUGGAUUCUGCUUUGCUUAGGCCUGGAAGAUUUGAUAGACAGGUAACUGUUGGAUUACCAGAUAUAAGAGGAAGGGAAGAAAUAUUGAAGGUACACAGUGACAACAAGAGACUAGAUAAGGAUGUUUCACUCAGUGUAAUCGCCAUGAGAACACCGGGAUUCAGUGGUGCUGAUUUGGCAAAUCUCAUGAAUGAAGCUGCUAUUCUUGCUGGUAGAAGAGGCAAAGACAAGAUCACGAUGAAAGAGAUUGACGAUUCGAUCGAUCGAAUCGUUGCCGGAAUGGAAGGAACAAAGAUGACAGAUGGAAAGAACAAGAUUCUCGUGGCGUACCAUGAAGUUGGCCAUGCUGUAUGCGCGACAUUGACACCAGGCCAUGAUCCAGUUCAAAAAGUGACUUUGAUCCCUAGAGGGCAAGCUCGGGGUCUAACAUGGUUCAUACCAAUUGAAGAUUCAGAUCUCAUUUCAAAACAACAACUCUUUGCUAGAGUUGUUGGAGGGCUCGGCGGUCGAGCGGCCGAAGAGGUAAUCUUUGGUGAGCCAGAGAUUACUACUGGUGCAGCAGGGGACCUGCAACAAGUAACUCAAAUAGCCAGACAGAUGGUGACAAAGUUUGGGAUGUCGGAAAUUGGACCAUGGGCGUUAACUGAUCCUGCAGUACAAAGCAGCGACGUUGUGUUAAGGAUGCUUGCGAGGAAUUCCAUGUCUGAGAAACUCGCUGAAGACAUUGAUUCAUCGGUUAAGAAAAUAACGGAAACUGCAUACGAGAUUGCAAAGAACCAUAUAAGGAAUAACCGUGAAGCCAUUGACAAGCUAGUAGAAGUUUUGUUAGAGAAAGAAACUCUUACAGGAUAUGAGUUCAGAGCAAUCCUGUCAGAAUUUGUUGAUGAACCUGUAAUAAAAGUAGAUAGAACUCCUGUUCGUGAGAUGAUCAACGCUUGAGUCGCUAUAUACAUGUAAAUAAAUUUACACGUUAUUCUAUAAAAUAUAUAUUAUUUCAUUCUCAGAA